GUGUUGACCGAAAAGUCUGUUACAAGUUCAUCAGAUUUCUGACUGCCAUUAUUAUUAUUGCCAUAUAGACAUUAUUAACUGGGUUUUGAAUUUCCCACUACGGAACACUUGGUUUUCUAACUCUUGAUCUAGGUGUCCAAGUAGUAGCCUCUGCAAUUCCGUGGUUGGCAACUCUUGGGGCAUGCGUUACUUGAUCAAUUGACUUAGAAAGCCUUGAAACUGUUUACUGACACCAUCUCACGCGCAAGAGAACCCUUUACCAACGCAGCACUGAUAUCCUGGGCAAAGAAUCGUUGUCGGACACCGUGAUAAAGUGUCAGACCUACGUUCCUGCAAAAGCCCGGGCUAACUCCGAAUUUCGGCCACUACAAGUUCUAAGGGCGUUCCUGCUGUCCGAAGACCCAAGACCACACACACUUUACAGAAAACCUUUUUGGGCUGGUUGGCGACAAGCACGAGAUUGAAAAUCCCGCCAUAAGUUUCCACAAUCACCAACGCAGUGUUUUCGGCACCCCUUGUCUUCUCCAUACACCCGUGCAGUGAGGAAACUAUGGGGAGCAUCCGACGCAGCAAAACGAAGCGCCGUACUCGUGAUCUCGACCAGGUCAGAGCCGACCUCAGAUCCCCAAAACACCUUGCUCGGCACAAGGAUGCUAAGGCCAGCGAGGAUCUCCCUGGUCUAGGGGCUUUCUACUGCACCGAGUGCGCAAAAUACUUUUCCGAUAGCCACAACCUCAACGAGCAUCGACGAGGCAAAAAUCAUAAGAGAAGGGUACGCAUGCUCAAGGACGAAGCGCAUUCUCAAAAGCUGGCAGAUGCUGCCAUCGGCCUCGGCACAGACAAUGGUACUAAACAGAGUGGCGAGACCGAGUCAAGCCAUACCGCUAUGGAGGAUGUGCAGGCCUAGACUUUGUAAAAGGGGCCUUUUAUAACAGCAGUAACAUUCCUGCCUUUGCCCGAGACACUGUUUCCUAGAGACACUGGGAAGACAUUGCCACGACUUGACGACUCGACGAGGCAGAUGACAACCUGACCUUCGGCAUUGUUACGGCCCGGCAUCAUGCCGUCAUCCUCCAACCAGUAACCUGGUCACUGCUUAUGGUCAAAGAAUGCCAUAAUUCUUUCAUAAACAUACCACUGCUGGAUGUAAGCGCCUGCCGAUUCUUGCAAAGAUGAGAGACACAUACCUGCACCGCAUUCACAACAAAUGCGCGUAAGCUGCAGAUCCCGAUUCCCCGAUAGAAUCCUCCAAGUCCAGACGUCUGCCAAACGUCUUUGGCGAUGCCAAGGGAGGAUUGUACUGAUCGAGAAAUUGCUGCUUGUUCACUCCGAAGAAGACCUUGUUGCUCUGGAUGCCACGAUGGUUGGGUCUGUAGACGUGUCUUGAUCACGUCGAGUGGGUAUAUUGACACCCACGUUACAACCCCGGCAAUGCCUCCGCUGAUGAGGACAUCCGUGGUAGAAGGCGCCAGAAAGGGAUCUGCUUGUCUUGACAAGAGUAACCUCUUGCUGAGUUCAUAGGACCAGAAAUACCAACCGUAGCCGAAAGCAUCCCUGGCACUGGUUAUAGCCCCACCAUAGUAGAGUCCACGCAGUCCAUGGCGACUCCAAAUGGACUUUAGCACCUUGUAUGAAGAUUCUUGCCCGUCCACAAUCAGCUGAGCUCGACACUUGAUGAGCUCUGAAGGUGCUGAAACCACAAAUGUUGCCAACCCUCCUAGGGCACCGGCAACCCAGAUCUUGCUUAGGUCUACUCCUGCAAGCUUUGUAUAAUCGACAAUGCUGGGAUCCAUCCAAUACAAUGAACGGUUGAAUGACAUGAAGAGUAUCGAGUUCAAAG